AUCCAAAAAGCUGUCAAAAAAUCGUUAUCAUUUGUUGUACACCGAAAACGGCAUCAGAUGUGAAAAUUUCUAUUACCUUUUCUGCAUUUUUCACAAUCCCAUUAUUCGUGACCUGUUCUAUAUCGACAUGUAACCUGAACCCCACCGAAUAUCUGCAACAAUAGUGACAAUCCUAUUCAAAAAGUAAAUACAUCACACCUUAAUUUGCUCAUAUCGACCCAAAAUGGAUCAUCGAACCGAAAUCAUCGUAACGGUGUUGGGCAUCCUUCUGAUUCAUGGAUUCAUAUUCUAUUGGGUAUCGCGUAAGUCACGGACCAAUAUCCGCGGAAAGCAUGUAGUCGUUACCGGCGGUUCCAGCGGAAUCGGAUUGUGGGCAGCCAUCGAGUGCGUCCGAUUGGGAGCCAACGUUACCAUUGUGGCGCGCAAUGUUAAGCAGCUCGAAAAGGCCAAGGAUCAACUCGUAACGAACAAGGUACGUGACGACCAAAAGAUUGAGUAUCGCUCGAUCGACCUGGCGAAAAGUCAUGACCUCGUUGAAAAGGGUUUACAAGAGAUUGAAGCCUCUCUUGGCCCCGUAUUCAUGCUGAUCAACUGCGCCGGUAUGGCGAUCUGCGGUACAAUAGAGGAAACCUCCAUCGAAGAUGCCAAACUAAUGAUGGACGUCAAUUACUUUGCCACCUUCUACCCGACUCGCUAUCUCCUACCGAAGAUGAAAGCAGCCAAAGAGGGAAUCAUUGUCAUCACCGCAUCGCAAGCCGCCCUAAUCGGUCUGUACGGAUACGGGGCUUAUGCGGCGUCCAAGUUUGCUCUCCGUGGCCUAGCCGAAACCAUUGCCAUGGAAGCGAAGCACUGCGGAGUGAGCGUCACGCUAGCCCUUCCGGCCGAUACCGAUACGCCUGGAUUCGAGCGCGAGAACCAAUCCAAACCGAUGGAAACGAAGAUCAUUUCCGGUUCCGGAGGUCUGGCCAAACCGGAAGACGUUGGCAAGCGGAUUGUGCACGAUGCGUUGAAGGGAUCGUUCUUCUCGGUUCUGGGACUGGAGAGUUGGAUUUUGAGCACCCUGUGUGUCGGAAUGUCACCCUGGAAGGGACCGAUCCUGUGCGUGCUGCAGUUCUACCUGCUCGGGCCGUUACGAUUGAUCGGAUUGUUGAUCCAGUGGAACUUCCAGCGGAUCAUUAAAAAUUGCGCCAAAGAGAAGGAGAGCCAGAGGGAGUAGAUUAUGCUCGCACAAUAUUGAAAUAUUUAUGGAUGUUGUUCACAGUAGUAUUUAGUGAUUUUUAAAUCUUCCUGCAUUUAACACAGAAACAUUUCCACGAAAAUAUAGCAAUUGCUUCAAAGAGUGCAGUAGAAAGUAACUUAACGAAAACAAAUUUAAUAAAUUAGACUUAGUGAAGUAGGUUA